AGUCCGCGACCAGCCACCGACGGGUGAGGGUCGUUCGUCGCGUAACUUUUUGCACAAUACAUACGUAUAAUUCGUGUAUAUUUUUUUACAUUCGUGUGCGUUAUUAAACGCACGUGUCCCUCGGCUCAUCCAUCGCAUUAAUAAAUACGCGAGUGCAUCGUGUUGGUUGGUGAUACGUAUCGUGGCAAGACGGUAAAGAAAGAUCGAUUUCUAAACGUUCUCUCUUCUUUUUUUUCUCUUUCUAUUCGUAGUAAGUCAACGUAUCGUGAGUUCGCCCUUCGAAAAGUGAAUAGUGUACUGGUGUUUAUUUCCCUCUCGUAAGUUUCGUCAAAGUGCAUUUAGCUAACAUCGAAGCGUAAUAAUAAUAGCAAUAGUAGUAAUAGUAAUAGUAAUAUUACAAAAAGUGAAUAUCAGUAAGUGGUUACGUACAGAAGAAAUGUCGUAUUAUCGGCUGCAACGAACGAAGCGAUCGAUGUUAACUUUCUGGCCUUAGGCAUCGGCAAUCGGUAUUUUAGUCUAAUAAUAGAUGUGUCUGCGUACGUACGCGCACGCGCGUACGUGCGUAUGUAUGUAUGUUCAUUCGUUUGUGUGCGCGGCAACGUGGAUGUUUCUUAUCGAGUGUUACUAUUGAGAAAUGGAAAAAGAACAGAACUUCGGAAAGGAAUAAAAUGUUUUAAUAAAUAAUCAUCGUCUUCUUCAUCGUCGUCGUUAUCAUCACGAUUUUUGAAAUAUCGUACGAAUCGAUAAAAGAAAAGAUGGCUGAAAUUCAUUCGAAGUUUCGUUCAAUAACAAGUGUUCGUGUGUGACGAAGUGUUGCUUUUGAAAAAGAAAAAAAAACGGAAGAGAAACUUUGGAAAGAAUAAUAUGAUUUAAUGAGACAAUCAAUGGAUGAUCGGAUCGACGCCUUAACGAUUUGAUAUAUCGUACGAAUCGAUAGGAAGGAGAAACAAAAAGAUAACGAAUGAGAUGUCCGAAGCUUAAUUCAAUAACAGAUAUACGUACGUGUGCCGAGUAUUACUCUUGAACAAGAAAAAGAAAAAAAAAAGCACGGAAUCGUAAAAAGAAAACUAAAAGACUCUGGGAAGAGUAAAAUGAUGUAAUAACAAUUCAUCGAUCGUAUCGACACCGUACAAAUUCGAUGAAAAAAGAAAUGAAUCGACCAAACUAAUCAAACAAACAUGGCCGAAAAAUCGAGAAGAAAACGUAAAUGAAAUUAAUGAGAAAAGAAAAAAGGAGAUAGAAAAGAAAGAAGAAAAGAAGAAGAAGAAGAAGAAGAAGAAAAAGAAAAACGAACGAAAAAAAUUAAAACAAAAAGUUAUGUGAACGUAACGAGAUAUCGAUUAAGAAGAGGAGUAACAAAGAGGGUAAUCCUCUUCGCGUCGUAGUUUCUGUAAACAAAAUAAUAAAAAAAAAAAAAUAAAAUAAAAUAAAAAACAAGAAGAAUAGGGGAAAGGAGAAACAAGGAAAUAAGAAGAAAAGAAAAAGAAAAAAAAAGAAAAGGGAAAGUUUUCGAAUAUAUUUCGAAGAGAGUACGAGAUGGCGCUGACGCCGAGGCGUCGCAGAGGCGCCGGCGAAAAGCUGUCGGAUGAAAUCGGUAGCAACGAGGAGUUGUCCGGAGGUGGAGGUGGAGGUGGAGGUGGAGGUGGUAGCGGAGGCGGAGGUGGAGCAGAGACUUUGAGCGAUUCCUGCGGCGAGAGCGACAUGGAGGGCCUCGACCUUUCUCUCUUCGAGCCACAGGUCGACGCUGCUUCCUGGUGCGACUCGCGUAUUCAUGCUGGCAUGCUUCAUAUUCUCCUCCAUUAUUGUGCUGAGGCCGAGUGCUGUGCCGGAGAGUCCGCAGGCGAGGCAUGUUGGGAACCUUGUUAUUGCGUGCUCCUGCAGGACGAACAGACCCUCACAGCUUACAGGAGCGAGGACAUGGCGCUCUUUGCCGGGACCGCCUGCAUGUUCAAGUCUCAGAACAAGUUGGGAGACGCAAUGUUCGUGGAAUUACCACGAGUACGGUUGGACGGUGGCGCACGUGCAUUCCGGCAACAUUGGGGUUACGAAUCACGACCUUUGGCACCACCACCCCCAUUAAUAGAAGAAGAUGAAGCAGCUGUCGAGCCAGAAACUGUCAGUCUCCGGGAAGCCAACACCGCAUCUCCGAUAGCACCACAGUUAAGAAGAGUUUCUUCCACGGUGUCAAGAAGAGGAUCACAACAGAGGCACACAUUGGAUCCCGAGCUAUCCUCUCUACGAGAACGUGAUACUAAUCACCUCUUCGUCGAAUGUGAGUUGAAGUCGUUCUCAUUGCCGAGAGGAUAUCCUCCGGAAGUAAUCGUGACGCAGGAUGAUCAAGGUGAGUCGAAAAGCAAAUCCUUACCGAGAGUCACUCGAGCCGAACGGUACGAUCGUUAUGGCCGCGAUACAUCGUACGAGAAAGCUUGCCGAAGAGGAAGUGCACCGGCUACGCCGGUGCUCGGAGGACGGCCCUUGGACGUUACACCAAAUAGGAUCGUCAACUUCUUCUCAAAGAGAUCGUUCCGAUCGAAUCCUUUGAAAAGGACGAAGAGCGUGACUAAGCUCGAACGACAAAAACAACGUGGCGCCGGUCUACGGGGUUGUCGUUCGCACGAAUCCCUUCUUUGCGGGCAGGCCGUGACCUCGAUGGACCUGGCUGCUGUGACUCCGCUUCAUCCGAGCCUCCUUGGUAGACCUCAUUGCUUCCAGGUCACACCCAGUACCGGUGCACCAAAGUAUUUCAGUUGUAGAACGGCUCACGAACGGGACCAGUGGUUACACAGCUUGAGGAAAUCGGUACAACCGGACGCGGAACAAACGAGAAGGACAGACAAUUCCCUUCAAAUUUGGUUACUCGAGGCCAAAGGUGUCCCAGCUAAGAAACGUUACUUUUGCGAAGUCUGUCUGGAUAGUACCCUUUAUGCACGAACUACGGCCAAGCUAAAAGCCGAUUUAUGCUUUUGGGGCGAACACUUCGAUUUUCAUCAUCUUCCUUCUGUCAAUACGAUUCAAGUGAAUCUAUACAGAGAGGCCGAUAGGAAAAAGAAGAGAGAUAAAAACGUUCUAAUUGGUUCGGUCAGCAUACCAGUUCACAACGUAACGUCUCGUUAUCUAACAGAAAAAUGGUACCCAGUGGUAGGCGACAAAGGUCCUUUAAAGGAUCCACCAGCACUCAGGGUAAAAUGUCGCUUCCAGUCGGUCGACAUACUGCCGGUUCAGGUUUACCAGGAGUUCCUGGAAUACUUGAAGACCGAUUACGCGUCCCUCUGCGAGAAACUCGAACCGGUAAUCGGCGUCAAGGCGAAGGAAGAUAUUGCGACUGCCUUGGUAGCCGUUAUGCAACGCGAGAAAAAAGCACCGCAAUUCUUAGCGGAUCUCGUUAUGAUGGACAUUCAUAGAAUAGACGAUGAGAGGUUAACAUUCCGUGGAAAUUCUUUGGCUACUAAGGCAAUGGAAGCAUAUUUGAAGUUAACAGGCGAUAGGUACCUGCAAGAGACACUUGGAGCCGUUGUAAGAGGUGCCGUAGAAGGUGGAGACUGCGAGGUGGAUCCACUCAAGGUCGCCUCAGUAGCCGCACUACACAAGCAACAACAAAAUCUUCGUAAUGCGGUAGAACUCGCCUGGAGCAGGAUAUUGGCCAGCCACGCACAUUUUCCACUUGAAUUGCGUGAAUGCUUUCGUAUUUUCCGUGAACGUUUAGCCGACAUGUGCCGGGAGGAUAUAGCAGAUAAUUUAAUAUCUGCUUCUAUCUUCUUAAGAUUUCUUUGUCCUGCCAUUCUCAGUCCGUCUCUUUUCAACAUCACGCACGAAUAUCCGAACGAGAAAGCAGCGAGGAAUUUAACUCUCGUCGCGAAGACCUUGCAGACGUUGGCGAACUUCACGAGAUUUCAGGGAAAAGAAAAUUUCAUGGAGUUCAUGAAUGAUCUUUUGGAACGAGAAGCACCGUCCAUGAAGAAUUUUCUGCAACUAAUAAGCAGUCCAUUACCAAAAGAUGCACCAGCGAACAACUCGUUGGAAUUCGACGGUUAUAUUGACUUGGGAAAGCAAUUGUCUCUCCUUCAUGCAUUAUUAAGAGAAAGCGUUGCAGCAAUGGCAUCGUCCUCGCAAUCGUCACCACCGACCAAGUUGCUCGAAAUUCUCGAUAGGAUUUCUUUGGCAUUGGAUCAACCUGGACCUAGUCCUGUGCCAGCCACCCAUCGUUAUCAAAAUUUACAAAACAAUAUAUUCCGUUAUAACGAUCCAACGAUCGCCAACAGUAACACGAAUCUCUCCGUCUCGGCAACGUCUACUCUCAGCAAUCACAGUACACUGAACGGUACGAUAAGAGACAGCAACGAGUUGUUGCAAUCGAAUACUUUGGGUCACAACAGUUCGCGUAGUCCUAACGUCGUCAGAGCGGCUACUCUUCCUCGAAACGCUUAUAUGGCGAACAACGGGAAAUUGCAAUUACAAAUCAAUACGGACGAUUAUCCCUUAGAGCCAGCAGCGUUUGUAUCUCGAUCUCCGACACCAAUCGUACGUCAACACAGGCCGAUCAUUCAAAGUCGUGCAGGUGCUGGCUACAGAUUAACAGCGAGCGCCAGCCUGGCGAACGUCAAUCAUUGUCAAACGCAUCCAUCCAGUCCGACGCGUUCCGAAAGUCACAGCAAUCUCAAGGAUUCGAAUUACAAUAUAACGUUAACGCAAAACAAUCAGCCGAGCAACUUGAACAAUAUCUCUCAUCAUCAUCAUCACCAUCAUCAUCAUCAGCAACAACAACAACAACAACAACAGCAACAGCAGCAGCAGCAGCAACAACAACAACAACAGCAACAACAGCAACAGCAGCAACAACAGCAACAGCAACAUUAUAGACACAAUAUAGCCAGAUUGCAAAAUCUCGAAAUUCACGAUAGGGAGGACAACUAUAAUCACAAUAAUUACAAUGUCUCGAGGUCGGCGAGUAGGAAUCAUUGUCGAAAGGAGGAAAACGCUAAUCAGACCCAACAACAGAAUUACAACAACGUCUCGAAGACGACGGUUAACGCGAACGUCGUUGUAAAUCCAACGACGAAUUUAACACUCUCUAUAAAUCAUCAUCAACCAAACAACAAUUACAACAGCGCCAAGGGUGGCAACAAUACUGGUAGCACUAACACUGCCAAUGGUAAUCUCGACGAACUUUCCGAUCUUCUCAGGUAUGCCGACGAUGAAGUUUCCGAAUCUAAAUCGCAAAAGGGAUCGCAAAUCUCUAUUUCUCAGCUGAGCAACGUAGCUUCUUCGGGUUAUCAGAGCUUCGCUGCUUACAGCCAAAGCUCGAGCCCGGUCGAUCUAAGCAGCAACAACGCGAACGCUCAUAUUCUCACUGCCGCGCCAUUAGCGUUCGCCAAUCCUGUAUAUCACAUGGACUCGAAUCACGGUAGAUCGGGUAGAAGGGGUAGUACUAGCUCCGAAGAAAGGGAUGGUAGCGGUGGCGGUGGUGUCGAGGGUGUUAGAGGUGUCGAUCUAAGUCCCUCGCCACCGCCACAAAACAACGUGAGGAAUCUUCAAAGGAACGGGCAAAAUCAAUGGCGACAGAUCAAUCAAACGCAUAGGAGUAAUUCCGAGCAACAACAGAACGUUUGUUGCAACAAAUUGAGAAGAAGGUUAUCCCUCGACUCCACCAGGGAUCUUUCGGACACUAGCGAGGAAGAAAAUUGUACGACUAGGAGAAGUAAAUCACGAAGUCAUCGUAGUAUCGAUCAGUAUCAGGUGGAAAUCGAGAGGCUGCAGAGUAGCGUUGAUCGAGUAAGAGCUCGAUUUGGUGGGAACGAAGAUAACGAUAUAAACGGCAUCGCACCAGACACCGAGAUGAAGACCAUCAUCUCCAGUUUAAUCUCCAUGGAGGAGGAGUCACGGCGCAAGGAACAGAAACUUUCGGCCGCGUUGUCGUACAAGCAGCGCGUGAUCGACGCGUUGGAACAACAGAUAGCAGCCUUGGACGCGGAGAAUUCAAGAUUGACACUAUCGAACACGCGGUUACUUUCCGCACUGACGGAUCUUAAGCAACGUUACAACGCAAAGGCACAGCCAACCAACGAGACCACGACCCUUUUGCAGAAUAUCGCUGACAUAGGUGAAUUGAAAAGUUCUUCCUGUUAAAGGAUCUACUCGUCCUGGACUCGAGGUGAAAUUUUUUAAAGAAGAAGAAGAAGAAGAAGAAGAAGAAGAAGAAUAAGAAAAGGAAGAAGAUGGAAAGGAGAAUGCAUUUUUCAAAAAAACACGAGGAACGAAUCAAUCUGCUGUUUGCCGAUGCCCACGUUGCUCUUGUUGCUGCUGCUGUUACGUUGCAAUCGACUCGACUGAUCUACUACCGCUUAGCGCUGGCUACCUCCCAGUUUAUAAUCAUACCGAGAAAUAAUAAUAAUAAUACUAAUAAUAAUAAUAAUUAUAAUAAUAAUUAUAAUAAUAUUAUAAUAAUUAUUAUGGUAAUAAUAAUAAUAAUAAUAAUAAUAUUAAUAUUAAUAAUAAUAAUAAUAAUUAUAAUAAUGAUAACGAUAAUACUGAUAAUUAAUAGUUAAAGAAAGAUAAUAACGAAGAUGACAAUGACAAUGACAAUGACGACGAGAACGAGGACGAGGACGAGGACAUUGUUGACCGUGUAAUAACGACACGAUAUUGAACGUUAUCAUUUUCUCGAUAGAUCUCGUGUGAUCUAGAGUUGACAGAUUUGCGGUAAUCUAAAAAUAACGUUUGUGGCUCUUUUAAUCGACUCGUAGUGAUUUAAAGGAGGAACGAACGAUGACAAAUGCGUUUGUCGGUUUACGUAAACGCAAGAAAGAAAGGAAAAAGGAAAAUGAUUAAAAAAAGAAAAAAAGAAAAAACCGGGAAAAAAUGCGAAAGGAGAGAGAAGCGAGAAGCGAGAUAAAACGUAGAGAGGCUAAUUUCUUAUAAAUAUCGUAUUAGGAUACGAACGAAAAUGAAAAGAAAAGAAAAGAAGAAAAGAGAAGAGAAGAGAAGGAAACGAAAGAUGGAAAAAUUAAUAAAACGAUAAGGGACACGUUGAAAACAUCGGAUGAACCGGAUGAUACAUAGGACAUACGGGAUCGAGUUAUUUCAAUGAUAAAUAUAACCGAGACAUAGUCGUAUUUUAUUAGAAAGUAUUAGAAAAGAAAACUCAACGCGUAAUAAUAGAUUAUCGCGUUUAUUAUUCCUUCAUCACGCGAAUCAAAAUGAAGGAAAGGUAUAAUAAAAGAAACGAAAAAAAAAGAAAGCAAAAAACGAAAAGCAAGAACAAAGAAAAAGGAAAGAAGAACGAAUGAUUUUUGAUACGUGUAAUGUAUCCGAUCAUUUAUAUUAAUAAUCGAAUCGUGUAUCGAGACUCUCGAGCGAGACUUUGCUUCGUUCGAAGAAUGAACGAAUUUGAAAGUCUUUACGAUACGAAGGACCGGCUCCUUAUAGUAUCUAGGAAAAAUUAAUGAAUUUUUCUAAACGUACGAACGAGAGAAAUAUAAUUAAAACGGGAGAAAAAAAAAAGAGAACGAAAGGUCGUAUUUUUAAUGGCGUCAUUUCUUUUUGCGUUUUCUUUUUUCAACUCAUUGCGAGAGUUUCAUUACAUAUUUGUUCUUUCUUUCUCUUUCAUUCUCUGUCUCUCUUUCUCUUUCUCUCUCUCUCUCUCUCUCUCUGUGUCUGUCUCUGUCUCUAUCUAUCUAUCUAUCUAUCUCCCACAACCUUCUUUUUCCUUCUUCUUCUUUUAUAUAUAUAUAUAUGUUAUAUAUUAUUAAAAAAAAUAUAUAUAUAUAUGCAUAUACAUACCGUCGAUAAGUACCUUGACGCACAUGCACCGUGAUUAAUAUCGACGAACGAUAAAACUCUCAUUUUUUUGCCGUUCGUCGCGAAGCAGCAUUACAAACAAGAGUAUUUAACUAACAAAAAAAAAAAGAAAAAGAAAGAAAAAAAAUAAUAUUAAUAAUAAUAAUUAUUAUUAUAAACAAAACUAGAGCACCGAGUCGUACUUCAGAAUCCUUGUAUACACACACACACAUACACACAUACACGCGCGCGCGAGCGUAUAUUUUUAUAGAUUUUUCUUUUUUUUUCUUUUUUCUCUCUCUCUCUCUCUCUCUCUUUUUGUUUCUCUUUCUUUAAUAAGUCUCUAUUCUAAGAGACUCUCGUCUCUUGUUCGACGAAAAUAAUAAUUAAGCGACUUUUAAUAUUUGUUUAUACUUCUUCUUCUUCUUCUUCUUCUUCUUCCUCUUCUUCUUCCUCUUCUUCUUCUUCUUUUUUAAAUUUUGUUCCUUUCUUUUUUCUCUUUUUUUUUCUUUUUUUUUUGUAUUUUAUUUGAAAAAAAAAAGAAAGAAAGAAAAAGAAAAAAAAGAAAAGACUAAAAAGGCUAAAAAGAGAAAGAAAGUAGGUAGCCUUCCGAACGAAGUGAAAAAAGUGUCGUAAUUUGUCGUUAUAAAUGUAAUUGAAAACUCAUUAACGGGGAAAACAAUAAUGAGAGAUAAAGAAAAGGAAGGAAAAGAAGGAGCGUAAAAAGCGUAUGAAAUAAGUUUAUCUUCUUCGAUCGUUCGCGCUAGACACUAAGAAUAUGCAUCUCUUUAAUUGUUAUAAGAAGCGACGAUAUUUAUUUAGUAGUUUUACCAAAGACAAAGAUUUUUCUAUCGCAAAGGAAGGAGGAAGAAAAGUACCAUGAUAAGAAAAAAAAGCAAAGCAAAGCAAAGAAAAGUAAAGAAAAGUAAAGAAAAGAAAAAACGAAAAAGGAAGAAAGAGGAAACAAGCAUACGAUUAUUUGAUUUCUUUCUCUUUAUCUUUUCGUUUUCGUAUACAUUUUUUCUAUACGUAUGUAUAAUCAUCGUCAUCAUCAUUAUCAUCAUCACCAUCACCAUCACCAUUACCAUCAUCGUCAGCGUCAUAAUCAUCAUCAUCAUCGUCGUCGUCGUCAUCACAAUCAUUAUUAAUCGCCGGUUUCAUUACGGCUACACAUUGAGUAGAGGUCGUAUAGACGAUGACAUUUAGAAAUGAAAACAAGGAAAAUAUUAUUAUUGAAGUUUGUGAAAAGUGGAGAGAUAAAAAUGUGCGAGGAACGCGAUGAUCCGUUCGCGUGGAAAUGCAAAAAAAAAAAAAGAAGAAAAUGUGGACAACAAAAGCAACAAAAUAAUUAAGCGAAUUUUCAAAGAAACAGGAGGUGCAUGAAUAUAUACAUACAUAGAUACAUAUAUAUAUAUAUAUACACACAUACACAUACAUAUAUAUUAUAUUUGUUAACAAUGCGACGGUCUCGUUAGUUCCCCGCGAUGCGUUUAAAUGUAUUAUGUUUUUACAUCACAAUUACGUACGAUCAUUAUCGAUUAUAUUGUAGCCAUUGUCGUACAAUGCGUAUGCCUGUUAGGUGAAAAACAAAGAAGACUGAAUGCGUGUGUGCAUUGAGCGUAAACGCGUGAACGAUGAACGACGGAUAUAAUAAAAGGAAAGUCAAAAAUAUUAGUGAACAAAAUUAAAAAAAAAAGAAAAAAAAGAUGGAAGUAAAAGAAACGAAAAAAAAGAAGGAAAGUGAUAAACAAAUGCAAGAGUAAAAGAGAUAUAAGUAUAUAUAUAUAUAUACAUAUAUAUAUAUAUAUAUAUAUAUAUAUAUAUAUAUAUAUAGACAUACACACACACACAUACGUCGUGCGUACGUACAUACGUGAGAACGAAUGAUGAUGGAUUUUAUGCGCGUGUUAAGUGAUUGUACGCGUGCGUAAUUGUAACGGUGAUAGAAGAUUAUAAAUUCAGUCUAAUCUCGUUAAAAAGUAUUAUCUCAUUGACUUGUACUAUAGCGUUAAAAAAAAAAAAAAAAAAAAGAAAAAAAGAAAGAAAGAACUCUUUAAAUCUCUUUCGUCGAGUGCGCGAUCUCGAUCCUUUUGCUUUCUUCUUGUUUUUUCUUGUUUUUUCUUUUCUUUUUUUUUUUUUAUUUUCUUUCUAUCAUUCUUUUUUUUUCUUCUUUUUGCUUUGUUGUUUUUCUUUUUUCUUUUCCCUUCAAUUUCUCAUCGCCGCCGAGAAUAAAUAUUGUAUAGUAAUGUAUUCUUUCCUUCUUUCAUUCCCUUUUUUUUUUGUUUUAGCAUAAACGUAUCUAUUCCAUUUUUCUCUUUUUUUUUUUUCUUUUUUGUUCUCUCUCUCUCUCUCCCUUUCUUUCUUUCUUUUAUUGUAAUCUUUCUUCAUUUUGUUUCGCAUCCCUUUCUGUCGUCGUAGUUCCACUUUUAAUUUUAACGCGAGAAGAAAAGGGAAUAAAAUGAAAUAUAUAUAUAUAUAUAUAUAUAUAUAUAUAUAUAAAGAAAACUGCCGUUCACGAGGUUGAAUUUUUCUUUUUCUUUUUUUUUUUUCAUUUUUUCCUCUUUUUUCUUUUUUUUUUUGUCGGUUGUCGAGUGUGUUUAUAUACGGUGUAUUAAAAUUAAUAUAUUAACGCUACACAUUUCUUGUUGGAUGAUGUAAUCGAUGAUAAAUGAUAUAAAAAUAUCUAUUUAAAAUUACUUAAAUAGUCUGUACAUUACUAAGAUUUUUUAGUAUAUUCGUUUCAGCAAUAGACCAACUCUCACUCACUCUCUUUCUCUUUCUUUCUCUCUCUCUCUCUCUCUCUCUCUCUCUCUUUCUCUCUCUCUCUUUCUAUCUCUGUCUCACUUUCUCUUUCUCUCUCUCUCUCUUUCUCUGUAUUUAUGCGUAUAGCGACUACUAGUACCAGUACAUGAAAAAUAAAUACGAUUAGACAUA